UGUAGGAAAUCCGUUUGUGGUCUGGUGGAUUAGCGAGUUUAAUCCGCGAGAACACUGAGGGAGACCAGAAGACAUAGCUGACUAGCUAGCUAGCGAGGUAGAAGGGGGGAAAAUAUAAAACACGGACCCGAAAGCUGCAAUUCUUGAAGUAUAAAGCGGAAACGAAAUACUGUGCCAUUUACAUAAGAUUCUGUCUUGGAAAAAGUGCAAAAUCUAGUUUGCAAAAUCUUUUUUUAAAUUCCCGGGCUCUGUUUAUUUUAGUUUGUUGACUUGGUUAGCAAGAUAGCUAAUUUGUGACAGAUCCUGAGAACAGCUGGACACCCAACGGAGUCAGAGACUGGAACUAAUUAGUUAGCAACCUAUCUAACUACGUUGCAUAUAAAAUAAUUUCGGUGAUAAAGCGGGCUCCCCCUUUCCCCUUCCCCUCCUGGGUUUUGCCUUCUAACCUAGCUAGCUAGCAGGAACUCCCAUUUUGGGCUGUCCUGCCUUGCUGGUUUUGAAUUCGGGGGUCGCUAGCUAGCUAGGUAGCUAGUUAGCAAGAUUAAGAAAGUCGUCUCUUCGCUAGCAAACGGCACAGAGGAAUUAAUCACAUUUUAAAUCCUGAGGUGAGACGAGGUGAAACGAAGAUGUCAGGGAAAGACCAGAAUAAACAGUCCACCACCGAGCGGCUUAUUAAAGCGGUGCCGUUCCCGCCCCACCAGCGCCUCUCCAUGAAGGAGCUGUUCGAGGACGGCAAGCCCAAGCCGGAGGUGCUCAAGAGCCACCUGGUGAAGGAGGGCCGGCUGGAGGAGGAGGUGGCGCUGCGCAUCAUCAACGACGGAGCCAACAUCCUGCGCCAGGAGAAGUGCAUGCUGGAGGUGGAGGCACCAAUCACAGUGUGCGGCGACGUCCACGGCCAGUUCUUCGACCUGAUGAAGCUGUUCGAGGUGGGCGGCUCGCCGAGCAACACGCGCUACCUCUUCCUGGGGGACUACGUGGACCGAGGCUACUUCAGCAUCGAGUGCGUGCUGUACCUGUGGGCCCUGAAGAUCAACCACCCCACCACCCUCUUCCUCCUCAGGGGCAACCACGAGUGCCGGCACCUCACAGAGUACUUCACCUUCAAGCAGGAGUGUAAGAUCAAGUACUCGGAGCGGGUGUACGACGCCUGCAUGGAGGCCUUCGACUGCCUGCCCCUCGCCGCCCUCCUCAACCAGCAGUUCCUGUGCGUGCACGGCGGCCUGUCGCCGGAGAUCAACUGCCUCGACGACAUCCGCAAGUUAGACAGGUUCAAGGAGCCGCCCGCGUUCGGGCCCAUGUGCGACCUGCUGUGGUCCGACCCCGGGGAGGACUACGGGAGCGAGAAGACGGCAGAGCACUUCAACCACAACUCCGUCAGAGGCUGCUCCUAUUUCUACAGUUACCCAGCGAUCUGCGACUUCUUGCUCAACAAUAAUCUGCUGUCUGUAAUAAGAGCUCACGAAGCUCAGGACGCCGGGUACCGAAUGUACAGGAAAAGCCAGACCACAGGUUUCCCCUCAUUAAUCACAAUCUUCUCAGCACCAAACUACCUAGAUGUCUACAACAACAAAGCCGCCGUGCUGAAGUACGAGAACAACGUUAUGAACAUCCGGCAGUUCAACUGCUCCCCCCACCCGUACUGGCUGCCCAACUUCAUGGACGUCUUCACGUGGUCCCUGCCUUUCGUGGGGGAGAAAGUGACGGAGAUGCUGGUCAACGUGCUGAACAUCUGCUCCGAUGAUGAGCUCAUGUCCGAGGGAGACGACACGUGUGAAGGUGGAGCCCCGGCAGUGCGGAAGGAGGUGAUCCGGAACAAGAUCCGCGCCAUCGGGAAGAUGGCCCGAGUCUUCUCCGUGCUCAGAGAGGAGAGCGAGAGCGUGCUGCAGCUGAAGGGGCUCACCCCCACAGGCACCCUGCCCCUGGGAGUGCUGUCCGGCGGGCGGCAGACGCUGCAGAGUGCCACCAUAGAAGCAGCGGAAGCACGAGCCAUCCAAGGCUUCUCUCCCCAGCACAAGAUCCGCAGCUUCGAGGAGGCGCGCGGGCUGGACCGCAUCAACGAGCGCAUGCCCCCCCGCAAGGACGGCCAGCAGCCGGACGGAGCCACGCUCAACGCCAUCAACGCCGCCAACUCCCCCGACAAGAACGGCACGGACGCCCCCGCGCAGUAACGCUGCCUCGCCAGCGCGUCCCCCCCCCCAACACCCAAACACGCCUCUAUCUCUCUCUGUCUCUCUGUACAUCUCUCUCCCUCACUCUCUCUCUCUCUCUCUUUCUCUCUAUCUCUCUCUCUCCCUCUCUCUCUCUCUCUCUCUCUUUCUCUCUAUCUCUCUCUCUCUGUAUGUCUCUCUCCCUCCUCUCUCUAUCUCUCUCUCUCUCUGUAUGUCUCUCUCCCUCCUUCUCUCUCUAUCUCUCUUUCUCUCUCUCUGUAUGUCUCUCUCCCUCCUUACCUCUCUUUCUUUCUCUCUCUCUCUUUCCCUCUCCCUCUCUUAUGCCUUCUCUGAAAGGCGUCUCCUCCGGCCUCUUGCUGCAGUGAAGGAGCACAGGACAGGCGGAGAAAACAAACCACAUCGACGGCAAUACGAGAUUCUGCGACUGUACACAAAACGAGUCACGAUUUUAUUUAUUAAAUGAAGUGUGUUAGAUAUAUGUGAUAGCUAAAAAAGAAAUUUAAUGAAAACUGUUUAAGAUAUACAUAAUUGUGGGCAAGCUUAGCCAUGGCCACAGUAAACGUUGAUUUAAAAAAAAUAUAUUUAAAAGAAGAACAUUUUGUAAAUUUUGAGUUGACGUAUGAGGUAAAAUUAAGGACAACUUUUUUAUUAUUCAGGAGUUCUAGUUCAUCUAAAUUCUAGUGUUGUCUUUCAUGUGCUCGGCGAGGGAACAUUUGACUGAAUAUAUGUAUGUAUGUGUGGGAGAGUACACACAUUUACGUGUAUACGUUUGACACAUUCAUACAUUCUUAUAUACACAUAUGUAUGUGAAUACAUAUACUCCUGUGUGUCUACUCAAAAUCCAAGGGAUAAUUGGAGGGGAAAUGCUGAAGGGAAAUUGAUUGUGAAUGUCGUAUUGGAAAAUCCUUUUACCUCCAGGCCAAUCUGUUCAGCCUUCGAUGAAGUAAUGGGUAUUGGUUCAGUAACGGUGGCAAGUGAAUGAAGAGUUUCUUGCAGCUACCUUGUGUUCAGUAUAGACACAUUUAUAUAUGUAUAUUUCUGAGUGUUCCCUUAUUUAAAUGUGAGAAUUUAUAUAUAAAUAUAUUUUUUAUUUUUGCAUCCUAUAAAAGUCAAUCGACCUUAGGAACAGCUGCCCGGAAUUUUCUGUGGGUGGAAAGUGAGUGAUGAAAUUGGAAUCAGUGGCAAACAGAAUGGAGGAGUGGUGUCUCUUGCAUGCAUUGGUGGGUGUGUCCAAGUGAUAGGCCACCAAUGGCAUCGCGUUCUGGAGUGUGUCAGGUGUGUUUGCCACCGGAUUUGUUUGCUCCAAUGACGGGCAGGAGGCGGAGCCUGUGGUGUUGAUAAACCAAAGUGAGAUGUUGAAGGAUGGGUAAAAACAAGCUGCUUCAUGCGGAGUCAGCUUCCGGAACUUAGUGUUGACAUUUAACGUCGGCCUCUUCGAAAAACUUUCAAGAGAGUGGAAGCUGAUCUGAUGAAUAUGGUAUAUGAAGAGAAUGUUAAAAUUGUGUUAAUUAAAAGCACAUUCUGAGAGAAAAAAAAUCCAUACCAAAUGGCAUACCAUGACAAAGUAUCUAGUCUCCUCUUAGAGACAUCCCCCAUGCCAAAACGAAGAGGACAAAAUGUUUUCAAUUCUUCAGGGUGGGGCAGCGGCAGGAAAAGGAAAAGAGAUACAACGUGUGUCUAGAAUAAAAGGUUGGUUUAAAAAAAAAGUGCACCCUGUAUAUUUAUUUCUGUUCAUUUGUUUUACGAUGUUGUUUUUCUUUCAUUCUGUAACACACUACAGAAAGACAGUGCUACGGCUGCUGAUUCAGGUAGCGAGAAACCAAAGUCUCACCUCCCAUCGGUUUCUCUUCAGUCCGCGCUGCGUUUCCUCUCUCGAGAGAGAGAACGCUCGGCGAAAGCCGUCCUCCUCGAAGGGGACGCGCACGCCAGUGAACUGUGAGCUUUAACGGAGGCCGGCCGCGUGAAAAAAGGCCGUCCGCCAUCGCGGUUAGUCGGGACGGGACGACGGACACACCUCAGGAGUGCCGAUGGAAAAACGGGGCACCCUUCCUGACGGUAAACUGGUCCCCCCCGCCCCCCACCCCGAAUUUCCACAGUUUCAGCUUGCUGUCGGGGGGCGAAUGGACUCAAGGCGAAACCUGCUUUCGGCCCCAACGGAACUGACCCUGCGGGGGUUGUAUGAUAUAUAUUUUUUCCCCCUCGUCUUUUCAGCUGCUCUCGGCAAUCCUGCUCUGAACAAAGCUUUGGCACGUUUCUUCUGCGGUUCAGCGCUGCUUCGCUCCUUCUCGUUUUUCCGGCUCGGAGAAUCCCCUCGUUCGCUUUGUCCCCGCGGGAUGGGAAGGCGUUUGGGGAACCGACCCCACGAGUCAGAUUUAAGACAUUUUCCGUUCCUUCUUUUGUAAAAAUGUAUUCUGUUGAACAUAUUUUACUUUCUUUGAUUGUUCUGUCAGGUGAUCCUGCAAUCACGGUACAGUUUGAAACGGGUCAAAGUUGUAACUUUGUAACCCCCCAGGUGUAUGAGAUUUUCCCCAGGUAAUCUUGAACGUUUCCCCUACCCAGAAACAGGUCAUUUAACUUGUCCAAAAUUGGUACUAAUACUGCUUUUGCCAACAAAUUUGAAAACCAAAUCUUCUGCAAUUGUUGGAAAAAAAAAUUCUUCAUGGUAGUGAAGUUCUAGAAGUACUGGGGUGAGUGGCAAUUUGUGUGCAAAGUCCAGUCAUUGCAUCCAGGUGUUCCUGACCAGCUGGACUUCUAGUUAGACUUCUUUCAGAGGAUGGGCUCUGUGAAGGCUUUCCUGUCCUUGGGGUCUCCUAUUUGAUUAUCAUAUCUGUUUCCAUUCAGACAAUGUGCCAUUAUGCCACUUGCAGAACUUCCCAACAGCAGGAAAGGCUUGUAUGUGCACUCCAGAUUGGACUAAUUGAAAAGAUGGAGAGAACGUUAUAGGGGUUGCAUGCGUUCUUUUAUAUGAUCCCAUCUCGGGUGCACUGCCUCCUGGGGUGUGCUUUAAGAAGUUAAACUAGGGCCCUGUUUUGGAGCGAUCUGAUUGGAGGAUCACGUUGCAGUUCAGACACUUUUUU